AUGGUGCCUAGAAAUGCAAAUUACAUGUACAAGCAACGCCCAAAAAUGCUUGGACCCAGUGCAGAGGAAGCGAAAAAUGCCGACCAGAAUCGCGAAGCCAGCAAAGAACUCAAGCCACCGACGAUACUGAAACUGCCUCUUGGAGCGGAUGUUCACAUGGCACCAAGAACGAACGUGCCGGCAACUGGUGCUGACGUCGAAUUUACGAAAAACAGGGUAAAUGCGCAUUCUUCGAUACUUGAGGGAUCGAACAAAGCCACUAUGAAGUUGCCUCCGCUCAGCAUCGGAAGUGCCCCAGCUGGAAAAAGAUCGGAAGAAAAGGA